GCGCUCACGCGCUUUCCACCCUUGAAAGAGGGUGCCUCAGUACUGGACUACACUUUAGGGUACGAACGCCUUAUCACUGAGUAUGAGAAGCUAUCGUCCGCGCGGUACCCGGAGGAUCUAAAGAUCUCCACGCUGAUGUCUGGCUUGCCACAAGAUAUCAAGCGAUAUUUGAAAUGGGCCUGUGCCCAUGGGUCCUGGAAAGGCAAGAAGGGUGAUGUUGGAAAGGACAAAGGCAAGAAGGGCAAAGGCGAUAAGGGUUCCUGGCACAGCAAGGGUUACGACCAGGCCAAGGGUUACAAGGGCUACGGCAAUUUCAAGGGCAAUGUCAAGGGCAAGCUUGGUGGUGGCAAAGGGAAGGAGAAAGGCAAUUCGUUUGGGAAAGGUUUUGGCAGUCCUGGUGGAAAGGGAAAAGGUCCAUGUUUUAUCUGUGGGCGCAUGGGGCAUCGUGCUGCAGAGUGUCAUUUGCGAGCCCGUGUGCAACAAGUAGCUGCAGAUGAUGACAGCCUGUCUGUGAGUACCCGAGCCACCUCAGUUCGCCGGCUGGAGUUCGCGCAUGACGUCCUGAUGGAGGAGAUCUUCGACGAGACCGAGGCAGGUGAGGUUGGCGAGCCACUGUGGGAAAGCCAUGUUCAUGAUCUUUCGUGGUCUGAUUCAGAAGAAGUUUGGGAAGAAGGUUGGGAUGAGUAUGAUGGGUUCGGUGGCUAUGUGCGCAUGGUUGCUGAGGUUGUGGAGCCUGCAGAUCAUGAGUUGCUAGAGGAUGUCCAGUCUGAGUGUGGUAGCAGCUGCUCGUUGCCUUCCACUUCCACUUUGCAUUUCUCUUUGUGCGAUGAAGAUGAAGUUGAUUCCCAGUGUGAGCUUGCAAGUGGAGCUGAAAGUGAUUGGGUUCUGUUGCAGCAAGCCCGAGCUGAAGAAGCCGAACUCUGCGUGCGUACAGUAGCAGAAGGUCACGAAGUAAUCCUCGACUCAGGUGCUGAUGUCACGGUGCUUCCGAUGCACAUCUUUGGCGAGGUGGGCAUCGAAGACCACGCGAGCGUGUCCUUGGUGGAUGCCCAGGUGCGCAUGGUGGUUGAGUUGGGUGAGUCGUUUGUGAACAGUUUGAAGAGAAGGGGUUGGCAGUUGAAUGAGAAUGGUCAGCCCACGCAUGUGAACAACAGUUCGUCUACUACAACCGACCCCAGUGAGAUGUAUGAUCUUGAAGUUUUUGCGCAUCGUACCACUUUGGUGCAACAGAGCGGCCGGCGCUACACAGUCUUCGAGUGCGGUGAGUACUGGGAGCCAAAGCCUGUGAUGGAGAUGGGAGGCAGCCCUACCAAAGUGAUCACCAUCCUCACCACCCAGCCUGUCGAGCCCGAGUCGCUAGGAAAAGUAGUUGCAGAAGACGUGGCCGUUGUUCCCAGGUUUCCUCGACCUGCACCUGGUGAUGCUGGAGAUUCUGGCCAAGCUGCUCUCGAGGCUGCUGGAGCUGAAGAUGAGCCUCGGCAGAGCAUUGGAGCUCCUGUUUUGGGACCCGAGUUGACAGUGGUGCCUGACACCGGUGAGGUUGUCAAGCUUGGUGAGAAAGAGCUGAGGGAAGAGUCUAGCUUGAGAGAUUUGAGAUGGGGGUGCAAGUUCCUGCGAAUUCCCCACACUGGACCCAAAGCCACGCUUUGGGACCGUCUCAAGAAAGAGGUGGCAAUGAACCAGUUGAAGGUGGCUGUUCAGGCUAGCGAUGCGGUAGUGGAAGCGUACACCCCUGACGUGAACCAUGGGCCACUUCCUGUGAAGCCUGAUCCCCAGACGGUGAUGAUUCAUGAGCUUACGCAUAUCCCCAGAGCAGACUGGUGUGAAGCAUGCCAAGCAGCCCGUUCUCGAGAGGUGAGUCUGUUCCUCACGAGGAGCAUCCGAUGA